AGGGCCUAAGGCCACAGACACAGGCGGGGAGCCCAGCACUGGCCCUGGGACUUAAAGCCACAGCCGGAGAGGCUGACAUCAGCCCUGGGACUCAAAGCCCCAAACACAGAUGCUGGCACAGGCCCGGGGUUUUGUUUUCUACGGGUUCCCCUGGGACUCCAUUGACCACUCUGAGGCCAUACUGGUCUUGACUGGUUUUUAUUGGGCUGCACAAGAGUCAUCUUCACUUCUCCAUUAUUCAAAUAACCCCAUUGGGUGACCCUGGUGGUGGUUUCCUAAGAUGUGGAUCUGGGAGUCGCCCAUUUCCUUCGCUUAUGAUGAAAGCACGGAAGCGAUGCGGGCACUCGCUGAGGUCACAAUCACUGCUGGGGUGGCAGCAUUUCCGCCACAGCUGGUGAGCAGAGCUGGUGCUCUGGUGAGCGUGCUGCACACCGAGGCUGAGCUCUGGGCCUUCCGUGGAACAGAUCACCCUGUGAGAGCCCGUCAGAAGCACCGCGUGUGCACUCGUCGGUACUCUCUGCAGGGUUCCUGUCCCAAGGGAGAUUUUGGGAUCGAGGCAGUCGGAGGAAGAGGGAAGCCAGCUCUUUCCAAGGGCCGGGGAAGUUCCUGUGCACAGAGGCCUGGGAACUUCAUCAUCCUCUGAGCCUUCAGCGGCCAUGUCUCAGCACGGAGACGACCGCGGUUCCAAUUGCUGCCGUCUGAGUGGCAAGAAGCGGCGCGGCGCGGUUCCCCGCGGUUGGGAGCAGCAGCCAGCAGGCUGCCAGAGAUCCGACCGCGCCUUCCAGCGCACAGAGGGACGCAACAGGGACGGACGGUCCUUCAUGCCAUACAGAAGGAUGGAGCCUGCGCGUCCAUGGAGUGGUGCUGGGCAAGGCUGGAAACGCAAAGCCUCCGCAGAAGCUGAUGCGAGCGGCCUUCCAGCAAAGCGCAGCCUUGCAGAAAGGCAAGGCAGAAGCGCCCAGUGUCGCACAGCACCCAAGAGAGGUACAGACACACAGCAGGCACCUGGGCUUGGUGCACUGUCUCUCUAGUGAAACUUUCUGUCCGUCCUUUCCUGGGACUGUGGACGUUGUGUGUUGGUUGUGGUCUUAAUCCCUGCAUUUACAUUUAGUAUUCCUGUGCUGCUUAGAAAUGUGACCCCACAGUUCAGCCGAGUUCCUAUGAUCCAUGACCGUGAGCACUCGAGAUGAGAUGUCCCAGGAUUGUGACCCGUUUUGCUGACUGAAAGUAGUGUUGGGCUCUCAUGAAAUCUCCUUGUUUUUGCUUUCUUAACAGAGAUUGGUGCUGAGCCAAAUGCCAAAAUCUAUGUCAAAGUGGUCCAGCAGGUCCAUACUGAGAGAGCUUCUCAACAGGCAGCAGCUCAAGCUCCUCUGCAGGCUGGAGGUCUCCCUAGAAGAGCAGGUCCCAGCACAGGGGGAAGACCUUCCCCUGCCGUGUGCCCCCGCUCUGUCUCCAACACCCAGGCUGGAUGUAAACGCAAGGCCUUGGAGGAAGGGAAACCAACAGCAGUGCAGCUGCCUUCCAAUAAGAGAGUGAGGGGGCCGAGUGGAGACUGUGUGCCGGCUCCAGCAGCACACCCUGGGCCUGCUGCU